GUUCAAAAUCGCGAAUGCUGCGAAGAAUUAAUGUGAGAACCUGGGACUGGGUGGAUUAUUUCCAUCUUUUUAAAAGAACUGUUGACCUCAAGAAAGAUAAACAUUUAUUUCCACAUUUUGAACUCCUUGGGACCGGGUUUCACACCGCAGCAAUGCCAAAAAGAAAGGUAAGAUUGCCUAUUUGUAGUUAGAAUAUAGACUCCAGUUUGGAUCGUGCCUCAUUUUUUGUCACUGUUUUUUCUGUGCCGCAGCUUGCCCCGCGGCGCGGCCCGUUUGGCGUGCGUCGCUGACCUGAGCGAGUGGCGCUGGCAUUGCCUUUGUCUCGCAUCUAGCAUCUCGUGGCCUCCCUGGGUUAGGCUGGGUCUUAAGUUGUGCUGUAGCUCGGAGCCUUCAACUCGGCCCGAAAUCGGCUCAGAAAUUUUAUUAGAAUCAAAGUCCGUCUCGGUUUGGCUCGGUAACCCGGACCAGUUUAAUUUGAUGUGCGUUGUGCAAAACAUGUAAUGUUUUGACCUACUUGACUAACUACUGUGACUGACAUCACCCCUCUGACCUAGUCCUCAAAAGAGGACACACGCCAGAAAAUCUUAUCUUUUGUUUACACGCCACUACCAAUACUUUGUCUUGAUAAUUAAUCUAUCACCAAACUCUCUACUGUCAACACCGUACUCGACUCGUAGCAUGAGGGCAUGCAAUUCAGACUUUUUCCUCAUCCGCUGCGCACCUCCGCUCCCUACGUACGUAUACCUUGACUCGCAUCUCCGUUCAUCAGCCAUUGGCUGAGCGCUAGGCCAGUAGUACAACGCGUAAAUUAAACAAGAAAUACGACCACUCCCAAUCCAUCUAUAAUCGCACCAACACACCGAAACCAGCCAAUAACAGUUAACUUUAGUCUUUGGGAGCUGUGAUUGGUUCAUUCAUCUGUCAAAUACAGGAACCACUCUCCGGCCGUAAGCACAUGGUCUUGAAUAAAAGAUGAACAUGCUUUGGAAUGUGGGAACGCUGAAACUACAUUGUUUAUUAUACCCGGCUGUCGAAGUUAUUCUUCGUGGUGACCUAAUUCCAGAUACUCUCCAGACAUUGUUUUUGUCAAUAAAUUAUAACCAAGGGUGAUGGAAAUUCCAGUAGAACGAAGCCAAAGUUGAUUAGAAAUGGGUUUUGGUUUUUGGGGUACUUUAUUACUUUAUUAACAGCUAAUAGUGAUCAUAAAAUUGGAAAGGGGAUUUUUCAUCGUGAGUGAAGUCAAUGAACUAAACUAAUCACAAAAUGAUUGAAAUAUAGUUUGAAAAAAAACUAAGACGAGGAAGAGCAUUGGGAUAUACUUUCUUUUCAUCUUUCGCUCUGGAGAAAGAAAAAAUCCCACUAAUUUUCAACAUGUAUUCCUAUUUCAUUUUUCUUUUGUAUAGGUAAGAUUUAUUUGUUGCAAUAUUGUCCACGAUAUCAAAAUAAAAUGAAAUGGAAUAAUUUAUUUCUUUUGAAAUCUUGACUGGGCUUUCUUUUUCUACCGUUUCUUUCAAAACAUUCUUGUACAAAUUUUAAAACUUUGCAAUUGCAUCAUAAUAAUAAAGUUCUUUCUCCUUUCUCCCCCCUCUCUCUCUCUCUGCCUCUCACCCCAAACAAGCUUUCACCUACUCUCCCUACCUUUCUCGGUCAAAAUAAUGGUCAAAAUUUUUAUCACGACGCUGUUUUCUUUUUUCGCUCUCUCUCUGUCACUUAUAGACAGUGGUCGGCCACCUGACCUAAUUCAGACGAUUUAAAAAUUGCAUAAUUGAAAGCGAACAGUAAAAUGAUGAUAUUCUUGAAGGAAGAUUGUCAAACUUCAAAAGAAAAACAAAUAAGUCGGUAUCGCUGCAUGUUAUCACUGACAAAAUCAAAUAAAAGAUGGAUGAUAUUUUCAUAUGUUAAAUGUUUUGGAUUAAAUUUAUUUGGUUUCUUUUGAAAUGGAAGCCAACAGUUAUUCAUUAAAUAAACUAUGGUAUAUAAGCCUUAAGUAUGGUAAUCAUCGCGACACUAACCAUAACUCUUCUACUCUCCCUCCCCCUUAAAUAAAGAUUCUUUUCCGUUUUAUUUCCUUUCUACAUCCCUAAGUGCAGUGGGACCAAGCGUUUAGAUUUCAUUUUAAUUGUUUUCCUUUUAAAAUUGGACGAGUGUCAGAGACUUGGAUUUGGACAAGUCUUGCUGGUAAACCAUUGGAUAUAUCGAUGUCCACAGAAAUGUGAUCAAUUAUUCACUUGUGUAUCCUGCCCUCAGUCCUCUGUGGUUUGUUAAUUCUGCACUUUGAGUACCAAAUCAUGGUGGUGUUUCAAAAAAAAUGUGUGACUUUCAUGCUAAUUUUGUAAUAUCCUGACAUGCACAUGAUAUACUGAUCUGCAAUCUUAUUGAUUAAUGCACAGUAGUGUGCUUUCUCUGAGCAUGAUUUGACCAAUGUGGUGAUGCCUUCUAUACCACAUGCGGCUUGAAAUUAAAGUGCUUAAAUCUUUGUGAAACACCCCCCUCCCAAAGUAGUAUAAAAAAGAGAUAAUAUUUACAGGGGUGUAAGAGUUCAGGUUUUUAGCUGAUUUCAGGUUUGUUUUGAUUUUCAGCUUAAUUUCUGCUUAUUUUUGGCUUUCCUCUGUACAAAAAGCAUGUGAGCUCUUUCUAUUUCAGACUUUUUCAACACUCUUCAGCUUUUUUUUUCAGAUCUUUUUAUUUCUGACCACUCACACCCCUGUAUUUAGAUCUAGUUCGUAUUUCUAUUCAUGGACAUUGGAGUAUGUUGCCUUUACCUUCGCAACUAUGACUGAUCACAUCUGAAUAUGGGAAAAAGUAUGACAUUCCACAAGUAGGAAAAACAAAGAGAUAGAUAUGAAUCUCAUAGUAUGUUGCUAGAGCUAUGAAGUUUAUAACCCUAGGCCUUUUAUAGCUCCAGCCGACGUACUCAGCGGCAGCGCACAGUCAAUUUUAUGUAUUUCAAGAAAAAAAAGCCCAGCUCUCCACAUUCCCAGCCAGGCAUCACAAAACUAGGGAUUGUCUCGCCAUCGAAUUCGGUGAAUCAAAAAAAGCAUUCAAUUGAGAAAGAUCGCCUUCUCUUGGCAGAGGUCGUGAAGCAUCCAUUUCUCUACGACAGAAACCAUGACUCUUUCGGCAACCACCAAAUGAGGCAGGACAAAUGGGAAGAAAUCGGUGCUAUAGUGGGCAUAUCAGACAUGGAUGCCAAGCUGAGGUGGAUCAAUAUCCGGGAUUGCUUCACCAGGUGCUGGAAGAGAAACCGGAAAAGGGAAACGUCCCAGUCCUUUAGAUGCCCUUACAAAUACGCUGACCAGUUGGAGUUCUAUCUACCAUACAUGUCUUUGGAGCCUUCAUUCAUGGAAGAUUUAAUGAAAGUUGAUGGAGAGGGAAGCGAUGUCAACGAUGCCGAUUGUGGAGAUCUACCCACCCAAGUUCUCCCCCGCCCCCAGGUACCCACCAAGAGAAAGAAACGGUCAGAGCCUGAAGAAGAUAGCAUGAUGCAAUACCUCGUCACACACAACAGUGCCCCGCGAGAGGACGGACUGGACACCUUUUUCAAAUCGAUAUGUGCGACAGUGCGGACAUUGCCACCCAUGACCCAGGCCCAGCUAAGAUUUGAAAUCACGGAACUGGUCUUCAAGGCUGAAAUGAACUUCUUGUCAACUCAAAAUGAUCAGGCUCCCGUAGCACAAAGCUCAAUAGCGAUUGAUCAUACGCUUGAUUCUCACGACUGAUUGUACAUCGUAGUCAAUGCAAUCAAUCGUAAAGAUAUUCUUCUGCGAUGGUUGCUAAACUUUGUGCUACGGGCCCCAGGAAUGAUGAAUUUUGAAGGUCUAUAUAUUGUGUUGUGACUGACCAUGUUAAUGAGAUGUUUUGAAGACUGCCAAGUGCCAGCUUUUGUGGAAAAAUUUAAACCAGUAAACCUGAAUUUUCAAAGGUGGAUUUGACUCUGCAGUUUCAAACUGUGGUUUAUGAAGAUUUUUUGCAUUUAUUACUCUAAAUUCCCCACGUUUAUUGAGAAAUCAUUAGUAAUGAAGACACGCUGUUAUCACCGUGCACUAAAUUGACACUGAUUUAUACUAACAAAAGUUUGCAGCAUUAAUGAAUCCUCAUUUGUUUUGGGGGUGUUUUUUUUUUCAGACUAAACAGUAACCAUAGUAACAAGCAUCAACUUAGCUCCCUGUGGCAAGAGCACGCAUUCAUCAUUGGACGCCUUCUCAAUAUACGUGCAGAAUUAAGCAUAAUUGAGGAUGAAAUAUGCAUUUUAAACAUAGUUUGAAACCAGAGAACUAAAGCCACCAUUGUGAAUCUGGGGCAUAGGGUGCUUACCAAGGAAUUGGUGUUGAAGAUCGCCCAGAGAAGAAUGAACUUUUAUGAAAAUUAUGUAUUCCUUUGUAUAUUUCUCCUAUUGUCCUGUAUUAUAAAAACAAAAUAUAUAUAAUCUCACAGAGCUGCCAAGUAGUACGAUUUUUCCGUAUUUAGUACGUAUUUGCAACCAAAAUACGGCAGUACGUUUUUUGAAUUUUUUUUUUUUUACAAAAUCGAAAUUUAUUGAGAAAAAUCAUCUCUAUAUGUCUCUAUUUCAUCAAACUUACACAAAUAUGCUUAUUAGAUCAAUGUAAUUUCAGGUAACUUGUUUUUUUUUUCAAUCAUUUUGUAAAAACCAGGGUGAGAUAUACACAAGUUUCAAUGUUUUUUUUUUUUCAUCUGCAAGAGCAGUGCACAUUUUAGCCUGCAUGCAGCUUGAGCGCCGUGAUGGGCGAGUGCGCCAAACAUUUUACUAUGAAAUACACUUUUUUGGGGGAAAAAUACAAAAUAUUUAUCUCACACGGUAAAAAUACUGAUUUUUUUGUCAAAAUACUGAUUUUGGGGGAUAAGAAUACUGAAAAUGCAAAAUACAACUUGGCAGCUCUGAAUUCUCAUCAUCCUUGCCUGACAAAACCAGCAGCAAGCAUGGAUAUGUUUUGACUAGUCUUCAAUCAAUGGUUGGGCAUUAAUGUGGUGAGCCUGAAAGUGAGACAUUUAUUUAUACAGGACUGGCAUUUCCAGUGAUUUUCUCAGAGUUUGAUGUUUGCAGAUCAAUCUACUCCACAUGAAGGCUCAAGACCGAUUGAUUUUUACCAGAGGAUACUUAGAACAGGGCUCCACACUAACCCUUUUUUUCCUACAGAUCCAACCUGUUCAUGUCGGACCAGUAGAUGGCAAACUUUUUACUGGUCCGAACCUAAAAUUUACUGGUCCCUCAAAGUAAAGAAAAAUAUAAAAAGAGGCUUGAGUUUAUUUUGCUGACUUUAAUUGCUUUUAUUCCCCCCCCACAACAUAAUUCAUGAGAGCCAUUUCUCAAUUUUGGAGGGCCAUUGUUGAAGAUGCCAGAGCCUUUUUAUAAUUUACAAAAGAGGAGAAAAUAUCAUUUGUAUCAGUUUGAUACAUAUUUUACUGGUCAUGUCGGAGCUAGUAAAUCUGGCUAUUUCUGAAAAACAAGUGGCCCGACAGCAAUUUUUACUGGUCUGGGACCGUCGGACCGGUGCCAGUGUCGCGCGCUGCUUAGAAAGUGGAAUGCAGAGGGUUGACCUCCUUUCAUCAUCCUUCCCCCAUCCCCAAUGUACUUCUGUCCCACCCCGCCCCUUUCACCUACAUUCAAUAUAAUGUUCCCUUCCUUCUCACUUCCAUUCCCUUUAUACACUCAUAGCCCCACCUGUGUGUACGUCUGUUAUAAUGAAAUUAUGGUAUAACGAUUUAUUACAUGUUUGCGAAAAUGUAAAAUGGCAAAAUGUAUUUACAGCCUUACACAAGAAAUCUUUUGAUAUGAAGUAUGAAAAUUUCAAUAAUCAUUUGACCUGCUAAGUGGCACCGACGUGCUUUAUCCUGCUGAAUGCUAUAUAAAUACAAAACAUAAAUAUCUAUAAGAAGUAUACCAUCGGCCAAUAAAAUCAAAUGAUUUCAGUAGCUUGAAACUAUUAGUGAAAGUUUGUUACUAUAACAAGUUUUGUGAAACAGACCCUUGUUGUAUCUUACCGAGAUGGUAAAACUUUUCUUUAGGAAAGGUGGGCCAAGUUGCAGAAAGAGUUUAAAUUAAUACAUUUACCAAGAAUUAAAACAACUUGAUUUCCAGCCUAUGAGAAGUGUACAUUUUGGACUCUCACUUCAUUUUACCAAGUUCUGUUUUAAACGCAAUUCUAUCAGCGAUGGGCACCACUUAUGGUUAUUGCCUCCAUUCGAAUUUUUUUUUUUUUUUUUUUAAAAGAAAAAAAAAAUUAAUUGACCUGGGCCCCAUUGCAUGAAAUAUUUUAGUAAGGUAUUUCUGUGAUAUGCAUUGAAAUUAUCAUGACAUUAUGUUUAUUUAACCAAUUAGAAUAUUAAAUUGAUUAUGCAGUAUUUACCAUUGUGUGGCAAAGUUGCCAUUCGAUGCUAAUAAGGGUUCAGGUUGAAUUUGACGGAAUUCUUGCCAAAAUAUUGGCACCAUUUAUAGCCAGCAUUAAAAGUUUGCAUAGUGAGAACGACAAAAAAAAAUGGUACGCAGUUGCGUGCGUGAGUUAUCUGUAUGAAAAUGAAAGAGCUAAUGAGACACUGUCAAGCACUCUAUUUAUUUUCAAUUUUGUAUAGUUGAUGAUAUUGUGAUUUAGUCGCAAUAAAUGACAUAAAUUGUAAUUUUAAAUAUUCGAGAAGAUAUUGUUUUUCAUCAUUGCAAGCAAAAUAAGAUAAUAAAUAUUGCAAUGUUGGGAAACAAUAUCAACUCAAUUAAAUAAUUUUUAUUUUCCACCUUCGAUUUGUAAUAUUUACAAUAAUGGUACAGUAAACACAUAAGAAUAUAAUCACAUAUAUCCGUGUACAAUUGAAAAUAUCAAAGUUUGCAAUAAAAACACUGGUUCGAUUUUUCUUUUGUUGAUCAAAUCAAUUGUUUGAUCAGAUGGACUUGGCCUUUGAAUGGAAGAUGUGCAGCAGGUACUGAUCUUACUGUUGAAAGUGAUGACUUUUCUCUAUGUCGGACUAUCCAUUUAACAUCCCAUCGCGAACCUGCCGAGUAGUACGGAUUUUCCGUGGUUAGUACUGAAAAAUGAGAAGAAUACUGAAGGUUUCAUGCAAAAUACUGAUUUCUAAAGUUUCAGUUUUACGUGUUGUCCUAUGGUAUUUCUUUGAAAAUACAUGUACUGAUUUCUCACCAAAAUAAGAAUUUUCAUCUUUAAAAUACUGAAAUGUUCUUGUUUAGGUUGGCAGCUCUGCUAUUAGAGUGACAUUUGGUUAGAGUUCAGCACAUGAAAACAUAAAACAGGGCUUGUACUCGAACACAUUUCAUAAGAUGUACCAUUAUGUACAUAGCAGUAAUUAAAUUUUGUCAAAUACUUUAGUGCUACUUGAAGGGGCGUUGAUCUUGUACAUAAAACGAUAUACUUUGUAUAUUAAAUAAAAUGUUUUUUA